GUUUGGCGAGUUCAGAAAAUACAUCAAGAACAGGAAGGGCUGAUGUUUAAUUUUUCACCAUUCAAGAACCUAGACAAUGCCGGGCACAGUGUUUUGGACUGCCUUCUCACUGCUCCUGUUUGCCUGUAGCAGUGUGGCAUUGAAGGAAAAAACUAAGAUAAAGCCACAGAGAUUGUCAAGAGGAUGGGGAGACCGGAUCACCUGGGUGCAGACCUACGAAGAGGGUCUGACUAAGAUGAUGGCGAGUAAAAAACCUUUGAUGGUCAUCCACCAUCAAGACGAUUGCCCAUUUAGUCAAGCACUGAAGAAAGUCUUUCUUGCUGAUAAAUCAGUUCAAAAAAUGGCGAAAGAAGAUUUUAUUAUGCUCAAUUUGGUGCACGAGACCGCAGACCCCAACCUGGCUCUGGACGGCCAUUAUGUUCCCAGAAUCCUCUUUGUUGACCCGUCUAUGAGUGUGAGAGCGGACCUCAGGGGACGGUACUCUAACCGAUACUUCACCUACGAGCCUGCGGACAUCUCUGUCUUGGUGAAGAACAUGAGGAAAGCCAAGAUUCUGCUGCGGGAUGAACUUUGACUUGCUGACUGGGUUCCACCGUUAAUACGUUGAUUGUAAAUGAACAAUUAACUGAUCAGAUGAGCUGUUCAACUACUGAAGGUCAACAAAUCACCCUAAAAAUGAUGAAUGUCAGAAAUUCAUCGAUGUGAAACAGUUUUCAAACACAUUCUAUUUGAAAUUAUAUGUGCUUUCAAUUAACAACAUGAAUAAAUAUAUGAAUAGACUUACAAUAAAUAAUAAAAUAUUGUUAGUUUCAUAUUGUUUGAUGCAUUAGAAGAACAGAAACAAAAUAAUAAUAAUUUAAAAGUCAAAUUAAGGUGAAAUCUUUUUAAAAUCUUCUAAAAUUCAGUGAAUAUGUUUAAUCUGCAAAUACUAUUUAUGAUUAUCUUAUGCUUUUUCUACAGGCAGCGACCAUAUUAUACCACUAGGUGGCAGUAUACUAAAGAUAACCAAUGCCAUAGAUAGAUAACUAACUCAACUACCCUACGCUGUGUGAGAGAGCGAGUGAGCGUUAUCAUUUCAUAUAUAAUCAGGUUGUGCAACCUCAAAUACGCCAAAAAGGUUCCAACUAAUACCUUUAAAAAACUUUUUUAAUGCAUUAUUCAUAAAUUUGUGUUAAUCAGUCUUUUUUUGCAUUAGAUAAUUUCCCAUUUGUAGGAUAGUCAAUGAAAAAUUAAUUAUUCACCUCGCCUUGUUCCUUCUCUUUGUCCUAUCUGCUUCCUCUUUCCUAUCGUUCGAUUUUGUGCUCCGACCGGUUUGAGUACCAGGCACAUUUCUUCUACACCCCUUGAGUAUUCAGCCGCACCUCUGUUGUUCUUACUCCUCCGCCUUCUCCUCUUCCUCCUCAUAGAGCGUAGUUCUCAGUCUAAUAAUGGGCAGGGAUUAGAUACAUUUCAAGUGACUCACUUAAAUAUAUAUUUUGAUUGAGGUCUACUUUGAUGUUGUUUCAAACUCCCAUGUCCUCGUCUGUGUAGGAAAGCAGCCAUUGUCCAUAGCCUCACAUUCAUAUAGAAACAUUCUAAAAGUGGUUUGAAUGAAAUGCCUUAUGGUAAGAGAGAAAAUAUAAAUAAUUAAUAAUAAUAAGGGUGAGACAGUGUACUCCCCAUGCUUGCACAACAGGGAAUUUGAAUAAUAAUUUCAAGAAAAAGCCCAAAAGAAAAAGAGAAGAUAUUAAUAAUAAAAAAGGAGAGAUUCUAGCUGUAAUGUAUUCACUAGGCUAUGAAGUACAUCGAACAAUGCACAGAGUGAAGCAACAGACACUCUAGUCUUGUUGUCUCACUGACACACACCAAAGACCCGAGAGUGGAUAUACAGUACAUGAAUAAAUAGGAAUGCCUUCCUUUGCAUACACAGAAAACAGAACAAUGUGCAAAACAAUUACCAUAAUGUCAAGGAUCCCUCCCAAACCUUUCAUAAUUACUUCAUCUUUCAAACCGGGCCAGAGUGAAAAAUUGCCAAAGUUUGAAUCUGUUGACACUGAAGCGGUAACCUUCACUAGAAGCUAACUCCAGGGGAAGUUUCCCAGCCAGACAAUAGUCUCUGAAGGCCGGCCAACAGCUACAUUACAAAUUAAGUUAGACCCAUAUUCAUCUGAACGACAGUGUGUGUGUGUGUGUGUGUGUGAUUUUCUUUGUGAAGGUAAAUGUGGGUCUGUUUCAAUGUUUUCGUGGGUUUUUAUGUGUGUGUGUGUGUGUGUGUGUGUGUGUGUGUGUGUGUGUGUGUGUGUGUGUGUGUGUGUGUGUGUGUGUGUGUGUGUGUGUGUGUGUGUGCGUGUGUGUGUGUGUGUUCUAAUUUAGGGGUUAGU